AAGCUGGCAACAAUGUGACGAAGUUACUAUUCAUUCCGCCUUAUUAAAAAGCUUCUGGCUCGUUUCGGAUCAAGCCGAAUCUCGCCAUGAGACGCACUGGCGAAUUGCUGAGGAAUUUGGCUGUUCCUCAGGCGGAAAACUGAACGGAUUGGGGCUGGGAUGGAUUGAGAAAACCGUCCAUUGUGUACAGAAGUGAAGUGUCUGGAAACUUUUGGCUACCGCACAUCAAUAGAAUCAGCCAAUGGGAGCGUGGGAUUGGGGCGACGCACGCGCAACCAUGGAGACUCGGCCGUAGUGCAGUGGCAACAUACGCCAUUUUGUAAGCGUCCGAGAUUGUUUGAGAAACGCUCUUGGGAAGUCAGUGUUUUUAACACGGUAGUACCGGUCUAAAUAACGUCUGGAAUCGCAAAACGGAAAGCCGGCAUGGGAGAUUACCAAGUAACUGGAGUGCAACAGGACACAUUGAGCGCCGUCCAGCUGGAACUUGGCGGAAAUCCCAAUGCGCUCGCACUACGCCGGCCGUUCGACCCUUUGGCACACGAUUUGGAGGCGAGCUUCAGGUUGACCCGUUUCGCCGACCUGAAAGGACGCGGUUGCAAAGUGCCCCAGGAAGUUUUAAACAAGCUGGUCGAGGGGCUGCAGCAGGACUACAACAGCGGGGGCGAUCAUGAGCACCAUUUCAUGCAUUUGGCCAUUCCACGUAUUGGGAUUGGCCUUGAUUGUUCGGUUACACCGCUGCGCCAUGGCGGUUUGGUGCUGGUCCAAACCACCGAUUUCUUUUACCCCCUCGUUGAUGACCCGUAUAUGAUGGGAAAAAUUGCCUGUGCCAAUGUACUGAGCGACUUGUACGCAAUGGGAGUGACGGAAUGCGACAACAUGCUCAUGCUGUUGGGCGUCAGCACCAAAAUGACCGAAAAGGAGCGAGAUGUGGUUAUUCCCCUGAUUAUGAGAGGAUUCAAAGACUCGGCACUGGAAGCAGGCACCACUGUUACAGGCGGUCAGACAGUGGUCAAUCCCUGGUGCACCAUUGGCGGAGUUGCCUCCACCGUCGCUCAACCUAAUGAAUAUAUCGUGCCUGAUAAUGCUGUUGUUGGCGAUGUUUUGGUACUAACGAAACCACUGGGAACACAGGUGGCUGUAAACGCUCACCAAUGGCUAGACCAACCAGAACGUUGGAACAGAAUAAAACUGGUGGUCAGCGAGGAAGAUGUGCGCAAAGCUUAUCAUCGCGCCAUGGACUCAAUGGCUCGACUAAAUCGUAUUGCAAGCAGACUUAUGCACAAAUACAAUGCCCAUGGAGCCACUGAUGUUACCGGAUUUGGCCUUCUUGGGCACGCACAGACUUUGGCUUCUCAUCAAAAGAACGAAGUAUCAUUUGUCAUUCAUAAUCUGCCGGUGAUUGCAAAAAUGGCCGCUGUAGCUAAAGCCUGUGGAAAUAUGUUCCAACUGUUGCAAGGCCAUUCGGCUGAAACGUCCGGAGGAUUACUGAUCUGUUUGCCCCGAGAACAAGCAGCCGCUUAUUGCAAAGACAUCGAGAAGCAAGAAGGAUAUCAAGCCUGGAUUAUCGGCAUUGUCGAGAAAGGCAACAGGACUGCUCGCAUUAUCGAUAAGCCGAGAGUAAUUGAAGUUCCUGCUAAAGAAUAGAGCAUGACAGUACAUGAAUUAUGUUAAUUUCCUGAUUGACUAUUUAGCUGUUAAUUUUCCAACUGCUGUAGUCAAUCGCGUCGAGAUCCACAGCUUCAAGGUUUUUCAUUAAUAUUAAACAGUAGCAUUUAAACUUUAUGAUCCCCUUUUUUGUGUAAAUUUGUAUCGCAAUAGGUCGUUUCAGAAUUACUCUUCAGAGCAAAUGCGACGUUUUAACCAGAAUUUUCUUUUUUUAGCCAAUAAGUAUAGUUUUAAAUGACACGCGACAUGUUUUUGAUAUUGUGAAAUGGUAUAUAAAUACAUUAUCGGUAUUUUGUAAAGUAUCUAGCAUAUUUCCUUACAUCGUGUUAAAGGUAAAAUAUACCCUAUUUUUUUGGUUUAA